AUGGCAGAAGAUCCUUUAUUCAAAAGAGAUGACCCCAAGCUUGGGAAAAUUAUAGAAGAUGGGAUUCAUGGAAAUGUUGUUUUAAUUGGCUUUCCAUUUGACGAAGGUGUAAUAAGGAAUUUUGGAAGACGUGGUGGAGACUAUGGCCCUGACUCAUUAAGAAGAUUUAUUCCUAAAAUAGGCCCACUUAUAAACCCAGAACUUAAUAUCAGCUUAGAAGGAUUUCUAAUUAGUGACUAUGGGAACAUUCAAGCAGAAAAUUUUGAAAAAGCCCAUGAAAAAUUAGCAGCAAAAGUGAAAACAGUCCUUUCCAAGCCACAUCACCCAGUUCCUGUUAUAGUUGGAGGUGGAAAUGAUGAAAGCUGGUCAAAUGCAAGCGGAUUUUUCAACUAUUGCUUAGAAAAUAACUUUACCCCAGUUGUAGUCAAUAUCGACGCACAUUUAGAUGUCAGACAGCUUGAUGAUGAAGGUAGACUUCAUUCUGGAUGUCCAUUUAGAAUGAUUUUAGAAGACCAAAGAUUCCAAGGAAUGAAUGGCAAAUUCUUCGAAUUUGCCUGUCAAGGGUCGCAGUGUGCACAAGCACAUGUAAAUUAUGUAAAAUCAAAAGGAGGAGAACUUAUAUGGAUGAGAGAGAUCAGGAGAAGAAGUUUAGAGCUCAAGGAAAGCCUGAGAGAACCGAUAACACAGGCUGGGCAGGCCUUAAAAGACAUUAUUGCUAGAUUUCCUGAAAACCACAGAUUUUUUAUAUCUUUUGAUGUAGAUUCGAUAAGCAGCGCUUUUUGUCCUGGAGUUAGCUGCCCAAGUGUGGAUGGUGGACUUACAGCUGAAGAAGCGUUAGAAAUAGCGUUUUUGAGUGGGAAUUCAAAUAAAGUAUCUUUGAUGGAUAUGUCUGAAUAUAAUCCUGCAGUCGAAGAUUAUAGGACUGGAAGACUGCUUGCAAAUAUUUUUUAUUAUUUCUGCUUAUCUCCCAUGCAAAAAAUAAAGCUAUUGGAAAAAUAAUGCUAUUUUGGGAUUAGUCUGCUUGCAUAAGUGGGCAAAAAAUUAUACAAUAGCAACUAUAUUAAAAACUUGCUAAUUUAUUAAUUUAGACUUAUAUUCUUUAGAAAUUAAAUUAUAUUUUCUUUUAAAAUAUUUAUAAAUUAAAAUCUUUUUAAAAUCAAAUUUUUUAUAACAUAAUUUUUUAUAAAAUUUCAAAUUAAUUCACGGAGGCAGGGUUAGGUGUUAAGUCAAGAUAA